UCAUCCUGAAACAAAAAGUAGGCAGGAAUGGUGGUGCAACUUACGCUAGUAGGUUUGCUGCUAUUGGCUUCAGCUGCAGCUGCAACAGUUAAUGGUCAAGCCAAGGAAGAUUGCCUAGACAGAUGUGGGGAUGUUAGCAUCCCAUAUCCGUUUGGCACAGAUGAGCACUGUUACCUCAGCAGUUAUUUCCAAGUUACUUGUGACAAUUCCUCCAACCCUCCCAAACUAUUACUAGGCGAACUAUCUUCAGAGAAAAACAAUCUCCAAGUGCUGAACAUUUCGCUGGAGGGUGAGUUGCGUAUCUUGAACUACAUAAGCUAUCAAUGUCGUUCCAACGAUUCUGGUGAGGUCGACCACCUUAUCUAUAGUCGUUCCCAACUGUGGUCGGGCCAAUUCAACAUCUCAAGUACCAGAAACAAGUUCACUAUGGUUGGCUGUGACACCUAUGCCUGCAUUGAAGGUCAAAGAGGUGAGCAAAUAUCCAGGACUGGAUGCAUCUCAAUAUGUAACAGCCUUACAGAAGACCAAAAUGGAUCUUGCUCUGGAAAUGGUUGUUGUCAGACCUCCAUCCCUGAUAGGUUGUCGACUAUAAAUUUGAUAAUGGGCAGCUUCUACAAUUAUUCAAACAUCUCGGAUUUCAAUCGCUGCGGCUAUGCCUUUGUUGUGGAAGAAUCUCACUUCAAUUUCUCCUCCAACGAUCUAAAAGAUUUGAUGAGUAAAGAGAGGCAGCCUAUGGUAUUUGAUUGGGCAUUUGGCAAGGACACAUGUCAAGUAGAUGAAAAAACCCAGACCAAUUACGCAUGCAAGGGGAAGAGCCACUGCAAUAAGAGGAAAACGGGUUGGGGCUAUCUUUGCAACUGCCUAGAGGGUUACCAAGGGAACCCAUACCUGGAGCUUGGUUGCCAAGAUAUAAAUGAAUGUGAGAAUUCCAACCUCAACAUGUGUGAACAUCCAAAAAGAUGCGUCAAUACCCAAGGAAAUCAUACUUGUUCUUGCCCCAUGUGGUACCGUGGAGACGGCAGAAAAGAUGGUGAACGCUGUAUUUUCAAUCACUUGCAAAUGAUUCAUGCUGCCAUGGGCAUUGGAGUUGCCUUGGUCGUAUUACUGGUGAGCAGCACUUGGCUGUAUUGGGCUUUGAAGAAAAGAAGGUUCGUCAGACUCAAAAAGAAAUAUUUUCAACAAAAUGGUGGUUCAGAGCUUCGACAACAACUCUCAGGGCAAGGAUCUACCGAAAGAAUUAAAAUUUUUACCUCUGAAGAGCUUGAGAAAGCCACCAAAAAUUAUGAUGAGAGCAAUAUCAUUGGUCGAGGAGGUUUUGGCACAGUUUAUAAAGGAACUUUAACCGAUGGUAGGAUUGUUGCAAUUAAGAAGUCCAAGAUGGUGGAACAAAGCCAAGGCAAAGACUUCAUAAAUGAGGUGGGCAUUCUAUCUCAAAUAAAUCAUCGUCAUGUGAUACAACUCUUGGGUUGCUGUUUGGAAACACAAGUGCCUUUACUAGUUUACGAGCUCAUCAACAAUGGCACCCUCUCCGACCACAUACAUAAUGAAAAUAAGGCAUCUUCUCUUAUGUGGGAAACUCGCUUAAGGAUUGCCAUCCAAACUGCGGAAGCACUCUAUUAUUUACAUUCUGUAGCAUCUACCCCAAUCAUUCAUAGAGAUGUUAAGUCCACCAAUAUACUCUUAGAUGACGAUUACAAUGCAAAGGUGUGUGACUUUGGAGCUUCGAGAUUGGUUCCAUUGGAUCAAACUCAGUUGUCUACAGCUGUUCAAGGAACUCCUGGAUACUUAGACCCUGAGUCUAUGCAGACAUACCGAGUGACCGAGAAAAGUGAUGUUUAUAGUUUUGGAGUGGUCCUUGUAGAGCUACUCACAGGAAAGAAAGCACUGUUUUUUGAUAGACCCAAGGAGCAGAGAAUUCUAACUAUGUUUUUCCUCUUUGCCCUGAAAGAUGACAGCUUAUUUCAGGUUCUUGAGGGUUGUCUAGUGAACAAUGGAAACCAUAUGCAGAUUUUGAAAGUUGCUCAGCUUGCGAAGAGGUGCCUAAGCGUAAAAGGGGAGGACAGACCCACAAUGAAGGAAGUAGUGUUGGAACUAGAGAUGAUAAGAAUGACUGGGGAAAAUGCUGAACAGAAUCCAGAAGAAAAUACAUACUUGCUUGGAGAAUCAUAUGCUCACUACUAUUUGGGUGGUGGUGAAUCAUCCAUUGCAACACAGAGCAUGGCGGGCAGUUUCUUGUUACCAGUAAGUAAUGCAAGAUAACAGUUUUCUGUGUGAUGGACAAAUAAAGAAAAAUAGAGAAAGAUGGUGUACUGUUUGCUGUGUCCUGAUUAGUUAAAUAAGAUAGAAUAUAAAGAAAAAUAAAGUUGUGUGGGAAUAUUUGACUGUAUAUCUAUGGUUGUCUUAGUAAGUAAAACUCAAUUUUAUGUAAGUUUUUAUCUCUGUUUUCUUUGUUAUUAGUCAGUGAAGUGUAAUACUUUCCACUAUUCCUUCAUACUGUAGCUGUGGCUCUAUAUAUAUUUCAUUAUUAAUCAAAGCAUUGAUCCACUAUGAUUAAA